AUGGCUUCUCAUGGAUCUAUUACGGCGAUCAAUCCAUCAGAUCCGCUAUCUUCAUCACAUAUAAUUUCAUCGUCCCAUUCAUCCCUUUCCAAUUCCCUUUCUUCAUCUCGCCAUACAUCUCAAAUAUCGAAAACUUAUCGUCAAGCCUCAACGCUCUUUCUAACGCGUCGUCUACCUGAAUCGCUCUCAACCAUUCUGCCAGUAAUUACACCAUCCUCUCCCUCCGAUACCGAGAACGCCAAUCCCGAUGACCCUACGAAAUCCUUGGCCCCAAUAUCAAAAGCUUCCCGUACGACUCGCAUUAAGGUCUGGAGUUUAUACCUUACAAUCUUGAAUGCGAUUCUGGAAUUGGACCCUGCCGAAGGAAAACAAGCAUUCGGAACAAGUCAAUUCAGAGCACUAGUCGCCAAGGUUAGGGACGGAGAAGUUUGGGAGGAGGUUGUUAAAAACGGGUAUCAUGGAAUUGAAGGGGAUGUAGAUUCAGACGUCGUCAUAAACUUAGCAACUCUUCUCUUAGCUCAUGCUCGCACCCAAAAGGUGAACCAGACUCGCCUUGAAACAUAUCUCGCAACAUCUAAUACCCCAUCUCUCUCUAUGUCCCAAUCCUCUACACCCACGGCCUCAAAUCCAUUCCCAGGUUCCAAACGUCGUUCCCAACCCGGAGCAGAUACACCACGAGACUUAAAUGCUCGUGUAAAGAUUCUAGAACUCUACACCCUACAUGUCUUACUUCGAAAUAAUGAAUGGGAUUAUGCGAAAGAAUUCAUCACGAUUAGUGAAGUUUUGGACGAUGAAAGAAGAGAGGCUUUCCUUGGGGCAUUACGAAGCCUCAAGGAAGAAAGUGAGGAAGGAGAGAGGAGAGAGAGAAUGGAAAAGGAAUACAGAGAAGAACAACUCAAGAGAGAUAUAGAAGAAAGUCGACGUCGGAGAGAAGAAGAGGAAAGAAGACGAGAAGAAAUGGAUAAGAAAUCCAGAGCAAGCGUAGGAGGGACAUCAGAAGUUGACUACGGGAUCGAAGAUGAAGCUCCAGUAAUGAAUAAUGGAUCCGUAACAUCAUCUUCAUCGCCUAACAAUCCUCGACAUUCCAAAUCUUCCAAAUCUUCGACCACUAAACCACAUCCUCGAAAGUCGGUAGAAGAAACAAAACAGAAAAGUAUAAUAGAAAAGGUGGGAAUUAUAAUGCGUAAUUUGACAUUGGUACUUCAAAAUAUGGGAGGAAAUUUUAAUUUAAAAAACCCGAUGGCCAUGUUAAGAAUGGUCGCUUUCGUGGCUGGGAUAGCAGUUGUGUUUGGAAGACGAGAAGUCAGGGAAAGAAUCAGGAGGAUGAUGAGUGAGGGACUGGGCAGAGUCAAGAGAACGAUAGGGAUGGGAGUCAAGGUUAGCUACAUUUAA